GGCUCGGUCGGUAGCGAGCACAAUUUCGCACAGCCUACAGUCAGUGCAGAUUCAACUCACGGACAGAGACGCAACUCUUUGUGGUGAAGAUAAACACUGUGUCGUGGAAGACUAAUGUUGUGACCUUCGUCUGAACGGCGUUUGGAUCCCCUUGCAUAAGUAGACAUUAAUAGAGUUUCUAUCUCUAACAUUAAUCUGGAAUUAUAGUCAAGGUCUUUUCUGGGAUAUUCACAUCAGAUUUGCAGGACAGCCACGUCCUUCAGUAAUAAUAGAGCUAGGUGUUGCCGUUUCACCGCGGUGGUCUGGGAAAACUAUACUCAUAGAUAGGUUCCACCCCGGCAUGGAUGUUGGUGUUGGCACUGAAAAGAAAAGGGUGAGCUCGGAGCGCAGGAAGGAGAAGUCCCGCGAUGCCGCCCGCUCCCGCAGGGGCAAAGAGUCGGAGGUGUUCUACGAGCUGGCCCACCAGCUGCCCCUGCCCCACAAUGUGACCUCCCACCUGGACAAGGCCUCCAUCAUGAGGCUCACCAUCAGCUACCUGCGUAUGAGGAAGCUGCUCAAUGCUGACGCAGAUGUGGAGGAAGAGGAGUCCGAGUUGGACAGCCAACUCAACGGGUUCUACCUGAAGGCUCUAGAGGGCUUUCUGAUGGUGCUCUCUGAGGACGGAGACAUGGUCUAUCUCUCGGACAACGUCAGCAAGAGCAUGGGACUCACGCAGUUUGAUCUGACUGGGCACAGCAUCUUUGACUUUGCACACCCUUGUGAUCACGAGGAGAUGAGAGAGAUGUUGGUCCACAGAACAGGCAAGAAGGGGAAAGAGCAAAAUACAGACCGGAGCUUCUUCCUGCGCAUGAAGUGCACGCUUACCAGCAGAGGCCGCACAGUCAACAUCAAGUCUUCCACCUGGAAGGUGCUCCACUGCAUGGGUCAUGUGCGUGUCCAGGAGCAUGAGGAGAUGUCCACCGACUGUGGCUACAAGGAGCCCCCACUCACCUACCUGGUGCUGAUCUGCGAGCCCAUUCCCCACCCGUCCAACAUUGAGGUGCCGCUGGACAGCAAGACCUUCCUCAGCCGCCACACCCUGGACAUGAAGUAUUCCUACUGCGACGAGAGGAUCACAGAACUGAUGGGCUAUGAGCCAGAUGACCUGUUGAACAAGUCCGUGUACGAGUACUAUCACGCCCUGGACUCCGAUCACCUUACCAAGACACACCACGACUUGUUUGCCAAAGGCCAGGCCACCACUGGCCAGUACCGCAUGCUGGCCAAGAAAGGUGGCUUUGUGUGGGUGGAGACCCAGGCCACGGUCAUCUACAACCCCAAAAACUCCCAGCCCCAGUGUAUCGUGUGCGUCAACUAUGUGCUGAGUGGCAUUGUGGAAGGCGAUCUGCUCCUGUCCCUGCAGCAGACCAUCACAGAGCCCAAGACUAAGAAAGCGGAGAAGGUGGAAAUGGACAAGGAGGAGGAGGAGGAGUUGGAGGUGAAAAUGGUGAUGGAAAAGACCUUGAAGGAGGAGGACGAGAAGGAGAAGGAGAACUCUGAGCUGAACAUCACCAAGCUCUUCAUCAGCCACAGCGAGGAGAGCGACUCCGACAGCCUCUACGAGCAGCUGAAGGCGUCCGGCUCGGACCUCACCCUGCUGGCGCCUGCCGCUGGAGACACCAUCAUCUCACUGGACUUCACCGGACCCGACUCUGACCUGCAGCUUCUGAAGGAGGUGCCACUGUACAACGACGUGAUGCUUCCCUCCACCAGCGAGAAGCUGGCCCUCUCCCCCAUGACCUCCCUGGAGUCCUCUCCGUCACUGGCCAGCCCCCUGACCCCUGACCCCGCCACCACGGCGACCAGCUCCAGCCCGGACACCAGCUCCCCAGAGCCCAGUAGUCCCUUGAAUUACUGUUUCACUGUGGACCCAGACAUCGGGGCUGAGUUCAGCAUGGACAUGGUGGAGAAGCUGUUUGCUAUAGACACCGAAGCAAGAACCCCAUUCAGCACUCGGGACAUGUGUGAUCUGGACCUGGAGAUGCGUGCUCCCUACAUCCCCAUGGACGACGACUUCCAACUCCGCAUCCCGUCGCCCCUGGAGACACUCCCGGUGGGCAACCUCCCCAUGGCCGACAUGAGCUCCAUAUUCCAGCCGCUGCCCUCCGACACCUCCUCCUCCUCGCCCUCUGCUUCUCCCUUCUCCUCCUCCUCCUCCCCCUCCCACUCCACCUGCUCCACCCCCGCCCCUUCUCCCGGUGUCAGGGUGGGGAGGCAGGAGCCCCUCUCUCCCGCGCCCCUGCACAUGCUGGUAGAGGGCCAAAGCACCCCCAAAUCCCCGCUGCGCGCAAUGCAUCUCCAGGACUCUGCCUCAGACGUGCAGGUGCGCAGCCUCCUAGACCGGCUCGAGGCCAGCAAACUCACCUCCAGAAUGUCAGCGGUGGACCAGUCAUUAUCUCCAAAGAUGCAGGCUCUGCAGAACAACCAACGCAAGCGCAAGCUGGAGACCACCACACUGGCCCAGGCAGUCGGACUGGGUGCUCUGCUGCAGAGUGUGGACAGCGCCUUAACAACAGAGUCUGGCAAGAGGGCCAAAGUGUUAGAGGUAAAGGGCUCCAGUGUGCUCGGCGGGAACAAGACCAUCCUCAUUCUGCCCUCUGACGUGGCGAGUCGUCUGCUAAGCAACUCGCUGGAGGCGGGCGUAGCAAAUGGCCUGCCUCAGCUGACACGUGACGACUGCGAGGUCAACGCGCCCAUCCAGGACCGCCACCACCUGCUCCAGGGAGAGGAGUUGCUGCGGGCGCUUGAUCAAGUCAUUUGAUUGCUCUCCUGCCCCCUCUCCCUCUCUCUCUCUCUCUCUCUCUCUCUCUCUCUCCUGGCAAUACAGGACACCUCCACAACUCCCACCCUCCUACCCGCCCUAGAACUGUGCCCCAGAUAGCAACCCCCCCUCCCUCCUUCCCAUCUUUCUAUUUAUAUUUUCUAUACACAGUUCUUCUUACACGCCUGGCAAAUGACUUGCUACUUCUGUAAUUGUUCAGACCCAUCCCCACCAUUCCUACCACCCCUACUCCCAUGUCCCUCAAACCCACAUCCAAUCCUACCCUCCAUGCGCGCACACACACACACGUCUCCCAGAGGGAAUCAGAAUGUAGAGGGCACGAUUGCCUCCUGAUUGUGGAGACCCAAAGGGUCAGGGAUGUGGUGUGUUUGUGUGUGUAUGUGUGUGUUUUUGUAAAUGUGUGUUAAUGGCGUUGCACAGUGGCAUCCAACUCAACCGAAGAGUUUUUUCAAAAAACACAUGUCCAGAGCACACACCUCUCACAUGGUGACCACCUCCCCAAAGAUGCCCCUCCCCACUCUCCUUACCCCCAACCCCCAUCCAAAAUAAAACAAUGUCCCUUGUUCUCAAGCAGUGUGUUGCUACAGUCGCACAAUUAUCUAUUUUCUUAAAGAAAGACAAAAACAAACAAAAGCAAAGGAUACCAGCAGUCCAUGCAAUAUACAAAAAAAGGAUUGUAAAGGAUGAUUACUUUUAAUGGAAGAUUUGAACAAUUUAUAUUUUCUCUCUGUCUGUCUUGUCUCGUUUUACUUUGUUGGCAUUGAUGUUUUUCAGUGUUCUUCUGUAGCAGUUUAAUGUUAAGUUUUUUUUUUUUUUUUUUUUUUUUUUUAUGUAUGCCAACAUGCUACUCUAAGGUUUUUUAAAAAAAGAAAACAUUUUACCAUGUCGCUUUCCAUUCAUAAUCUUGUUCCAUCAUUGCGGUCCAGUUCACAGAGAUGCACGAGUGGACCGUUCAAAGAUUAAAUCGCAGAAUUAGGUUUGGCAAAAAAAUGGCAAUGUAAACUGACUGUUAAAGGGAAAUCAAGAGUCACCCCAAACCAUAGAGGGUAAAAGGCGAUACCCCUUUUCCCAGUUGGUGAGUUAGGCAAUGCGUCAUAAACACACAUUUUGGGGAUAGUUUAGAAUUCCCAACUCUAUUUGUAAUAGAUGUCUAGAAGGCUUGUUUUUGUUUUUUGCAAUCAUGUUUUAUUAGGGUGCAUUGUAACAGGUUUGUUGAUGUGUUAGACUUUGUCAGCGUAUAUGAAUAUAUAUCAAUCGUACAAAAAGGCAACUCCGCUACCAUCUUUUCACCUUAUUCAUUACAGUUCUCGGGCAGAUAAAAAUGCAUGUAUCAAGACAAUUUCUUUCCUACUGUGUGCUCAUCAAGAUCAUCUUGUAAGUAACAAUGUUAGCGUUGUUAACUGCAGCUAGAUAAUUUUGUCUUUUCAUAUUUUAGAAAUGCUGUUUUCCUCUGUGAUUCAUCAUAUUGUAAGCCUUUGUUUUAAUUCAUCUCUGCACCCGUAUUCUCUUAACACUAAAUGUAUCGUUUAUUGCAUCAUCAGUAAAGGACAAUUGUGGACCAGA